GCGGCCGCCGGCCAUGGCGGACCUCACGGUGUGCUCCUUCCUCACCAAGGUGCUGUGCGCCAACGGCGGCCGCAUGUUCCUGCAGGACCUGCGCGGCCACGUGGAGCUGUCGGAGGCGAAGCUCCGGGACGUGCUGCAGCGGGCCGGGCCCGAGCGCUUCCUGCUGCAGGAGGUGGAGAUGAAGGAGGGCCUCUGGGACGCCGAGGCGGAGGCGGCGGCGGGCGCGGGCAGCGGCGGCGGCGCCUCGGCCUGGAGGGUGGUGGCCGUGUCCUCCGCGCGCCUCUGCGCCCGCUACCAGCGCGGGGAGUGCCAGGCCUGCGACCAGCUGCACUUCUGCCGACGGCACAUGCUGGGCAAGUGCCCCCACCGCGACUGCUGGUCUACCUGUUCCCUUUCUCAUGAUAUCCACACACCUGUCAACAUCCAAGUCCUGAAAAACCACGGGAUUUUUGGCCUCAAUGAAGCCCAGCUUCGGAUCCUGCUUUUGCAGAACGACCCCUGCCUUUUGCCAGAGGUCUGUUUGCUGUACAACAAAGGUGGGGAUCCCCUCUAUGGUUACUGCAACCUCAAGGAUAAAUGCACCAAGUUCCACGUGUGCAAAGCCUUCGUCAGGGGAGAGUGCAAGCUACAGACCUGCAAACGGUCCCAUCAGCUCAUUCAUGCUACAGCCCUGAAGUUGCUACAGGAGCAAGGACUGAGUAUUCCAAGUGUCGUUAAUUUUCAGAUCAUUUCUGCCUACAAGCAUAUGGAGCUGCACAAGAUGCUUGAAAAUAAAGAUAACUCAGCUACUGAGUGUUCACAGGGCCUUGAAAAACAGAGAACACAGGAGGCCAGGGCUGGAGAAGGCAGGCCUCUGGUCCCCAUCCCUGCUCAGUCAGCCAGGAAGCCCUACCCAGGUAAACCGUAA